AUGCCACCAGCGGCCAAGGAGAGGCUGACCAGCGUGGAUUUGGCAGAAUAUCGAAAACCUGCGUUUCGUUCUUAUACGGCCACAAUGCAGCGCCGGAUGCUCUCCAAAGAAGACGAGGCCACGGCCGCGGCAGCCGGUGACGAGGUGGAGGUUAGAAGAGAGGACCAGGACAAGAUCAACAAAUUCAGUCGGCUCCAUCAGCGCGAGAUUGUCAUAGAGGAGGAGCUUAAGUCAAAACAUAAGGAAAAGGAGGACCUCGACGACGUAUCCAACGAGCUAGAGCUGGUAGACGAGGACGACAAGGUUCCCUACAAAAUCGGCGACGGCUUUGUAUCCCUACCCUUGCCCGAAGUUCAAGAGAUGCUGUCUACAUCUACUGAUCGCAUUGAGGAAGAAGUGGCCGCGUUGGAGGAGAAGUUGGGCGCAAUUAGGGAAGAGCAGGAGCAAUUGAAGCAUUUAGCUAUGCCUGGCCCUAACGUUACUACCGGUAAAAGAGGCAGGGAGAUGGACCGAUUUGCCUGGCCGUUGGCUGGUCUUGUGCCGGGACUCUGUAGAAAGGCUGGCUUGGUACAGAUUGCUGGUUCGCCUUCCUUCAUUGCCCUUUUGCAACUUCUAGCAAUCGCAAACGACGUUCCUAAUGCUCCUGCCCUCCCGCCGCCUAAACAACACACUCUAUUCGCAACAGCAGCACGCAACAGCCACGAAAUGCCGCUAAUAGGGCUCUGGCCAUCUCUCUAUCGCCGAACGGCUAUCGGCAUCAUGCAUUUCGAGCUUGCGCAUCAGCCAAACGGGGGAUUUGCCUUGAGCGCUCAGGGUACAUUGGAAUUCUUUGAAAUGGCUGGGUCUGCAGAAAGUAAAGCCCUUUCUCAGGAGGAGAAAUGUCGUGAUGUGGGGCAGAGUUGCCCACGAACUUCAGGGCCAAUAAGUAGACUAUCAAGUAUGAUAUCUAGCAUAGAUGAGUCGGAUGCGGAGCACAGAUAUGCGAUCGAGGUGGAGGACAACAGGAUUCCGUCGCUACCAGCGUCGAGCACUUCGAGCGUGACCUCCUCGCAUAGAAAAGUAAUAUCUUGGGAAGAUGGAGAUCCUGAAAACCCGUACAAUUGGUCCACCACGAAGAAAGUAUGGAUAGUCAUCAUAGGGAUGUUAAUCGUCGUCAACAGCACCAUGGGCUCAGCUCUCCCUUCCAAUGCAGUCCCAUAUAUCUGUGAGACCUUCCAUGUUACAUCUUCAUACGCUAAACCUCUACCAAUAUCCAUGUAUAUUGUCGGAUAUGUCCUUGGUCCAUUGGCGUUUGGCCCGCUCUCGGAAACAUUUGGAAGACAAUUGAUUAUGAUAUCUUCCUUCGUUAUCUUCAUGAUCUUCACCAUGGCAUGUGCAUUGGCGCCGAAUUGGUCCUCCCUGUUGAUCUUCAGAUUGAUCACGGGGAUAUCUGCGAGUACUCCAAAUACAGUCACUGGAGGCAUUUAUGCCGACAUGUACGCCGAUCCAGUUACGAGAGGCCGGGCCAUGGCAAUUUUCAUGGGUGGAACUUGCGUGGGCCCGCUCAUUGCCCCAGUGAUAUCUGGCUACGUUGCACCCGUGAGGAGUUGGAGGUGGGUAUUCUGGAUAGCCAUGAUCAUCGCCGGCGCCACAUUACCUGCCGUCCUUUCCCUUCCAGAAACCUACGGCCCAGUGCUCCUCGCCAAACGUGCAGCUAGACUUCGCAAAUCGAGCAAUAAUCCUAAUAUCUUUGCCCCAAUCGACCUGGAGAAGAAGGGUUGGAAGCAAUUGGUCGUCGUGACCCUCACCCGUCCUCUCCGCAUGGUGAUGUUUGAGCUCAUCGUGAGUGCCACAUGUUUAUACCUAAGUCUCGCCUACGCAAUAUUCUACAUGUAUUUCACAGCGUAUCCAAUAAUCUUCCAGGGCAUCUAUCAUCAAUCGCCUGGCGUCUCUGGCCUCAUGUUCCUUCCGAUCAUGGGCGGCAGCAUAGGCGCAAUCGGCGUAUUCUUGUGGUACGAUGCCUUCUUGCGAAAAGCUCAAAAGCAGAAUAAACCUUGGACUCAAAAGGAAGAGUCGCGUCGGCUUCCACUGGCUUGCCUUGGUGGUCCUCUGUAUGUCAUUUCACUAUUCUGGUUGGGUUGGACAUCUCGACCUGAGAUCCCCUUCUUCGUCCCCAUGUUGGCUGGUCUCCCGUUCGGUAUGGGUUUCGUCCUUAUCUUUAUGGCCCUGUUAAAUUACCUCACCGAUGCGUAUGAGAUUUUUGCAGCCUCAGCCAUGGCUGCUGCGUCUUGUUGCCGGAGUAUUGCUGCCGCUGUGUUGCCGUUUGCCGCGACGCCUAUGUAUCGGAAGUUGGGGGUGGCAUGGGCGACGAGUCUGCUUGCGUUUUUUAGUUUGGUAAUGUGUGUUAUUCCAUUUGCUUUCUUAUGGAAGGGGGAUAAGCUAAAGGAGGGAAGCAAAUUUUGUAUAUACUUGAAGGAGAAGAAAGAUAAGGAGUUGGCAGAAUUGGAGAGAAAACGUGACGCGAGAAGGUUAUUUGAGGGAGCGGAAAGUAGGGUGAUCGCUGGGGAAUAA